UAUAUCCAUUACUUGAUCCUUCAAUUCCCCCCAACAAAAACACAAAUGUCUCAAAAUAAAAUCUUAAUUAAAAAGCCAAUGCUUGAAACAACAAAUUUCAAUCAAGAACAACCAUCAUCUACUAAAAGUAUUGUUAAUGAAGUAAUUAUAUCAGCAAUAGAUUGUGAUGCGGAAAUGACCCCUCCUCCAUUAAACGAUCUCUCACAAAUAAUUUAUUCUGUUUUGAUGCCUGUUGUUUGCCUUCUUGGUUAG